AUGGCAAUUGAAACAUCUUCGGCCUUGCUCUCUGUUUACGACAAAACCCAUCUGCUUGAACUUGCAAGUGGCCUCCAUUCUGCUGGAGUCAGCUUGGUUGGAUCGGGGGGCACGGCGAAAAAGAUUCGUGAUGCUGGCAUUCCAAUCCAAGAAGUCUCGGACGUCACGAAGGCACCUGAGAUGUUGGGAGGCCGCGUCAAAACCUUGCACCCCGCCGUUCAUGGAGGGAUCUUGGCACGGAAUAUUCCAUCUGAUCUCAAGGAUUUGGAAGACCGAAACAUCUCUCAGAUUUCGAUUGUAGUGUGCAAUCUGUACCCAUUCUCGGAAACCAUAGCGCGAGAAGGGUGUACACUAGAACAAGCCGUUGAGGAGAUAGACAUUGGAGGCGUCACUCUACUUCGGGCUGCGGCUAAAAACCACGACCGUGUCAACAUCUUAUCCGAUCCUCGUGAUUAUGACGACUUUCUACGGGCAUGGAUCGAGGGUAAAGGGAAUGUAGCUUCAGAUUUACGAAAGAAGCUUGCCCUUAAGGCUUUCGAAGUCACUGCCGCAUACGAUUCUGCGAUCAGUGACUAUUUCCGUGAAAAGUAUGCUUCAGGAGGUUCUCAUCCAUCUGGAUCUAUUCAGAAGUUAUCUUUACGAUAUGGAGCUAACCCACAUCAAAAACCGGCCCAAGCAUUCGUAAAUACGGGAGAACUUCCUUUCAAAGUUCUAUCCGGAGCACCGGGCUACAUCAACUUGCUCGAUGCGCUUAAUUCAUAUGCGCUCGUUAAGGAACUGAGCGAGGCAUUGGCUCUUCCAGCCGCAGCCUCCUUUAAACAUGUUUCCCCCGCUGGCGCUGCUGUUGGCGUCGAGCUCGAUGAAACCGAGAAGAAAGUUUAUGGUGUUGAUGACUUGAAGGAACCAUUAACACCAUUAGCUGCCGCCUAUGCACGCGCUAGAGGAGCUGAUCGCAUGUCAUCUUUCGGAGACUUCAUUGCACUGUCGGCACCUUGUGAUCUAGCAACUGCAAAGAUAAUAUCACGAGAAGUUUCAGACGGCAUCAUAGCUCCUGGCUACUCUGUCGAGGCGCUCGAAGUGCUGAAAAAGAAGAAGGCAGGAAAGUACUGCGUCCUUGAGAUGGAUCCAUCAUUUGUCCCAGAGAGGCUCGAGACGCGUCAAGUCUAUGGCGUAUCAUUGCAGCAGAAUCGCAAUGACGCUAAGGUAGACAGAUCCUUGUUCAAAGACAUCGUCACCAAGAAUAAAAACCUUCCUGAGUCUGCAAUUGUCGAUUUGAUCGUGGCUACUCUUUCCCUCAAGUACACUCAGUCCAACAGUGUGGCGUAUGCGCUGCGUGGAUCCAUAAUCGGUCUUGGCGCCGGGCAACAAUCGAGAAUUCACUGCACUAGAUUAGCUGGUGGGAAGGCGGACAACUGGUGGCUUCGCCAUCACCCUCGUGUCCUGGAACUGCCUUUCAGAUCAGGUGUAAAGCGAGCUGAAAAGGCGAACGCGAUUGACCUCUUUGUUGGUGGGGAGGAGCUCGAAGGUGGAGAAAAGACGCAAUGGGAGAGUCUAUUUGAGACUUUACCGUCACCUUUGACACCCGAGGAACGUGCGGAGCAUGCAAAAAAGCUGCAGGAGGUCGCCUGUUCAAGCGAUGCGUUCUUCCCAUUCCCAGAUAACGUGCACCGUGCCGCGAAGAGUGGUGUUAGGUACCUGGUCGCUCCACGAGGAAGUGUCAUGGAUGCUGAAUGCAUCGGGGCUGCUGACGAGCACCAGAUAGUGUUUGCCCACACCGACCUGCGGUUGUUCCACCAUUGA